AUCACUUUCCUUGAUUUUUCUCAUCUGUUCUUAAGCAUCCAGCAGCCUCUCGCUUUUCCAUUGAGUAUCUUUCUUUACCACUUUCGUUAUUAUAUUAUCAAAAUGAGGUCUCAAAUCUUUUCGUUGGCUGCUACUGCCCUCACUUUCUCGAGCUUUGCUUGGGGACAGACGUCAACUGAUUGUGAUCCUUUGACCAACACCACAUGUCCAAGUGAUCCCGCACUUGGCAAGACCGUUACCAUAGACUUCACUCAGGGUGAAAGCUCCGAGUUCACAGCCGAUUCGGGAACAACCAUCACUUAUGGCGACAAUGGUGCUGAAUUCAUCAUUACUUCGGACGGCGAUGCUAAAACGAUCGUCUCUGACAAAUACAUCUUCUUUGGCAAAGUCGAGGUCGCAAUGAGGGCUGCAAAUGGAACUGGCAUCGUAUCAAGUUUCGUCAUGGAGUCGGAUGAUCUCGACGAAAUUGACUUGGAAUGGCUUGGAGGAAACGCCACUGUCGUAGAGACCAACUACUUUGGCAAAGGCAAUACAACUACUUACAACCGUGCCACUUACCCUAAGGUCGACGACCCUCAAGAAACUUGGCACAUCUACACCAUUGAUUGGACUUCAGAGUACGUCAAAUGGUACGUCGACGGCUCUCUGGUCCGCACCCUCCUCUACGCCGAUGCCCUCGACGGCAAGAACUUCCCGCAAACACCCAUGCGCCUCAAGAUCGGCAACUGGGUCGGCGGGGCCGCAGACGAAGCUACCGGGACCGUUGAAUGGGCUGGUGGAUACACCGACUUGGACGACGCCCCCUUCACUAUGUACGUCAAGAACUUGACCAUCGAGGAUUACACUACUUCUGGAAAUACAUACACGUAUGGUAAUGAAACGGGAAGCUAUACUUCGAUCAUCAUCUCGAACUCGACGAGCAGCAAUUCGACUACGAGUUCGAGCACUAGUACUGGCGGGACUAGUUAUACGGCUAAUAGCACUGUUGGAACAAGCUCAUCUGAUAAUUCUACGACGAGUACCAGCUCGGCUUCGUCAGAAAAGACUUCGUCUACUAGCUCUUCUACUAGUGGUGCGUCGAUGGUAGGGUAUGAUAUUGGGUUAUUGGCUGUCCUUGGUCUUGGGCUUGCUUAUUUCUUGUAAAUCAGAAGAAGGAGGAGGAAAAUUGCAUCUUGUGGGAGUUAGAUGGAU